AUGAUCUUCACAGUGCCCUUAGUGGUGCGGCUCCGAGUCCAGUCCUUCUCAGUGGGCCAGCGCUUGGGGCUACAGAGUGCUGACAGCUUCCAGCCCAGCCACUUACAGGUGAACCUGGAUAGUUUCUUCUCCCUGGAGCUCAGCUGCUUCUGCUGCACUGUGGGCGGCACCUACUUCCUGAUCCUGCACAUACACACCUGGAACAGCAAGGCCCACCUCCACUUCAUGUGAGACAGCCAGCCUGCUGCUGCGCUGUAUGCCCAGCCCAGCAAGUGCAGCACCUUCUGGCUGUGCGUGUUUCACUGUGACCACGACACUGCUAUCUUUGGUGAGCCUGGGGCCCUCUACACCUUUCGUGGCUACCUGGUCACACCAGCUGCCAAGCUCUAG